AUUCGGCAGCUCCUGGGCCCUGCCAAGGCCUGGCUGGGGGACGCCUCCUAACCGCCAGGCUCCGCCCCGCCCAAACCUGCCCGCGCGGGGAAGCUACUCGCGCUCUGUGCCUUGCGGCUCAUAAGGGACGUGGGCGCAUGCGCAGCAGGCUACGUUGGGGUCCCUGGGCUUGUCUCUGUAACGCGUGCCUGAGCCGGGCCGUUCCCAUGCGGAGCGGGGAGGGGAGGGGAGGAGCCUGCUGAGUGUCCCCACCUGAGAGUGGCAGCUGGCGGAGGAGGGGCGCAGUGCUGUCAGCGAUGUCACUUAACUUGGAUACUGAAGAUGACUUCUAUCUGGAAGAAAAUAGAUUCAAGCAGUGUUGUGCAGAGUUCAUUAAACAUUCACAGCAAAUAGGAGAUGGUUGGGAGUGGAAAAGUAUAAAGGACUUUCCUGAUGGUUAUAUGAGUAAAACACACUUCCAAAUGAAAAAUGGAAAUACCCCAUCAAUUUUCAAGGACAGCACUAAGGAAAGUGAUGAGCAAACAUUCACACAUGUUGAGGAAGCCCUGGAUGAUUCUCAAGUAGCUGGAAUCUGUGCAACAUCAGAAGUGAUUCGUUAUGAGUAUCAUGUCUUGUAUUCCAGCAGCUACGAAGUACCUGUGCUGUACUUUAGGGCAUGCUUUUUAGAUGGAAGACCUUUAACUCUGGAUGAAAUUUGGGAAGGCGUUCAUGAAUGCUACCGGGCUCGUCUACUGGAGGGGCCCUGGGACACCAUUACACAACAGGAGCACCCAUUACUUGGUCAACCAUUCUUUGUCCUUCAUCCCUGCCGGACUAAUGAAUUCAUGGCUCCGGUAUUGGCUAAUUCACAAAGAGAAAACAGGAAUAUAAACUACAUUACAUCAUGGCUGAGUAUUGUAGGCCCAGUUGUGGGGCUAAAUCUACCUCUGAGUUAUGCAAAACUAGUGUCUGAACAGAAUACAAAAACGGAUUAAAUCAAAAGGAAUGAAUUUGGGACAAUAGUUCUUUGCCAGCUGACACAGCUAUGAUUCAAGCAUCCUUUCUUCCAAAUAACACAAGUCUGAGCUCCUCCGAGCUAGCAGAAUACACGAAAGUGUUCUCUGGACAAAUCCUGACACCAUUUGCUAACUCACCCGUUUGACAUGUCUGUUUAGCCUGUAUAACCUAAUAACAUGGGUUCAUUAAACAAAUUAAAAUUCAACUUGAAACAAAGUAUGAGCCUUGAUGCCUCUUUGUGCCAUUCUCCCAUUCCCACCUCCACGGCCUUCUUCCACACUACUUGUGCCAAACCCACCUUCCUCCCCGCACUGAAAUCCUUCCUCCAAAUUCACUCCUGCUGCAUUGCCUGCAAGGAGUUAAAAACAUCUUCCUUAAGAAAAAAACAAACAAAAAAACAGCUAGACGUGCACAUGCCUGAGUCUCCACCUGAUUUUACUGUUGGCACCUAUGUUCUUCCUCUCUGUGCCCCCCCACCCUUUUUUUUGUUUGUUUGUUUGUGUAUGGCCCGUUACAUGCUGAAUUGAGAUGGUGAGCUCUUCAGGACAGGGAGCAUGUCUGUUUCUCUAUAGCACCAGGUAUGCUUUCAGGUGCCCAAAGGCUGUAAGGGGAAUGGGGUACUUAGCCCUUCAAAACUUUGACCCCAUUCAAUUAAAAGUCAGAUUCAACACUCUGAAGAUUUCUUUCACUGAACUGCAGUUAAACAGCUUUCUAGUUUUCAGCCUCCCCCUCCCUCUUUUUUUAACUUUCUCCCUCAUCAUACCAAUAGCAGCACCUAGUGGCAGAAGCAGCUCAUGACAACUCUGCAUUAGGAAACUAUACCAGCUGCACUUACCGGCCUGAACACUUACCACUUCACGUUAACACUGCCCUUUGCUAUCUUUCUUGCUUGCUGGUGUUGAUAUCAUUUCCCUCAAUAUUUCUGGAAGCUGCUCCAAUUCCUAGUGGCUCUUUCUAAACCAGAGCAGUGAGUUUAAAAACCCAACUGAUCUGCCAUGAAUGAAUAGUAGGGUUUGAGCUUCAGGUUCUUGAUGGGCUAAGUACAGCCUCACACUAGCCCCAAUCCCACCAUCAGCAAUUGGUCACAAUAGUGUUUGUAAAUGAAGGACCAACAUUUUCAGACAUGCUCCCUAACUGUACAAUCAACAAUGAGCUAGGCCUGUUACCAAAGCCAGAUGGUCACAUUAAUAAUGGUGCAGAAAAGGAAUAAGUGUUAAAUAAAUACUUCUGUUCUGUAUUUGGAAAGAUGCAGGAUGUUGCACUAAUAUCACAUGACAACAAAGUCCCUUCCAAUCGCUCAGCAACAAAAGAGAAUGUGAUAAACAAAUCGACAUGCCUGGAUAACUUGUAUCCAAAAGUCCUAAAAAAGUUGGCUGAGGAAAUCUCUGGCCUGAUUGUUAUUUUUUAAUAAAUAUUGGCAAUCUAGAAGACUUGAAGAAUGUUAAUGUCAAGCCAAUGGUCUAAAACAGCCAGUAAGAUGACACAGGUAAUUAUAGGCUGGUUAGCCUCACAACAGUUCUGGACAAAAUAAUGGAAAAAAAUGAUAUAGAUUCAACCAAUAAAGAAUUAAACGAUAGAAAUAUGAAUUGUGCCUGUCAUUAUUGGUUCUACAGAAAAUAGGUUUUGUCUCAUAGUUUCUUAAAGACAGAAAGGAU